AUGACCCACGGUAUCAGCAAUUUAUCCUCCAAAUCCUUCAAGGGUCAUUGCUAUAGCGGUGGUCACCAUUAUAAAGCCUCCAGACAUAUUUCUUCACACCAUCAUGGAGGAAACCAUAAGGUCCAUCACAAAAGCUCCUCAACUUCCCAUUAUGGUGGUCACUGCAAAAUACCAAUGGUUCAUGGAAGCUCUAAGGUCUCUUUUUCUGCACACUCUUCUUCUGGUCACGGACAUGGUGCUGCUCAUAGUGGACACAGUCUUAGAAUUAAUCAUGGAUGGAAGAACACCGGUCUGCUCGGUAUAAAUGAGAAGGAAACCUUACAACAUCUUAACCAGCGACUGUCCUCCUAUCUAGAGGAGGUUCGUUCUCUGGAGCAGGAGAAUGCCCUUUUGGAGAGAAAGAUCUGUGAAUGGUAUGCCAACAAUGCCCCCAGCUCACUGCCUGAUUCCAGCCAAUACUUCCGAACCAUCCAAGAGCUCCAAAAUAUGAUAAUUUCUACCACAAUGGAAAAUGCCAGACUUGAGCGUCAGAUAUCCAAUGCCCAGCAGGCAGCCAAUGACCUGAGCAGAAGGUACCAGAUGGAACUAAACCUGGGAAAUGCCAUCGGAUCUGACAUUGCUGAGCUGAGUAGAGAAUUGAGUGCAGUCAAUAAUGCAGGUCAAGGCUUAGAAAGACAAGUCCAAUGUCUUCAAGAAGAACGUAACCAAAUGAAAAACAACCAUGCAGGAGAAGUGAGUUUCCUGCAACAACAGCUCGGUGCCAGAGUGAAUGUAGAAAUGAACGCUGCCCCAUCUGUGGACUUGAACCAAGUGUUGUCUGAAGUCAGAGAUGAGUAUGAAAACCUGAUGGAAAGGAACCUGAAUGAGGUUGAGAACAUUUUCCUGACAAGGAGUGCAGAAUUAAACCGUGAAGUUUCCUUUGGCGCUGAACAACUACAAUCAAACAGUAAUGAGAUAAUCGACCUAAGACGUUCUGUACAAGCGCUGGAGAUUGAGAUGCAGAGUCAGAUAAGUCUGAAUAACGCUUUGGAAUCCACUUUGGCUGAAAUAAAUGGCACGUUUGGUGCUCAACUUGCUCAACUUCAAUGCAUGAUUAAUGAUAUUGAAUCUCAACUUGCUCAAGUCCGAUCCCGUCUAGAGGAACAGAACUAUCAAUACCAACUUCUAAUGAACCAGAAGAACUACUUGGAAAUGGAGAUUUCCACAUACAAACAUCUUCUAGAAGGCCUUGACAUUCAUGUCCCAACUCAUCAUUUUUCAGAAGCCAAACAUGUUACUCAUCACCAUAUGAAGUGUUAGACUAAAAACAUUGUUCCUACGAAGAACCCAAAUCUGGCAUGAAACUCCAGAACGAAAAAACGAAGAAUAAAGACCUUCAC